CGUUGAUCCACCCUAGUGCUCAUUGCUCAUACUUUCUAGGACAGCCACUAAACCUGUAUCAAACGAUGGUUGCUCUUGGUUACUUCAACUGUUUUAUCAAUCGUUUUAUUUUUUCUUGCGAACUAGCUUGUGACGCGGAUGUUUUGAUACACGCUCAUACCAUGGCAGAUUUAGAUUACCCUGAAAUCAAUCCAGCUAACGAACUGGAGAAGCGCGUAGCCGACGCUUUUCUCAUCUUCGAUCAUCACAGCAAUAAAACGAUUGAUGUGCGCGAGGUUGGGACAAUUUUGAGAUUUUUGGGCUGUGUUCCAACGGAGGCGGAUGUCAAUGAAGUAAUUUCGGCUACUGAAUUCGAAGAUUCCAAUGGAACGGUUCAUCUCUCGAAGUUUCUUCCGUAUGUUAGUCAAUUGAUUGCAGAGCACAAACUGGAACCAGCCCCGCCGGAAAAGCUGUUGAAAGCGUUCCGCGUGUUGGACCAGGAGGGUAAGGGAUUCGUUGACCGCGAAUAUAUGACAAAGUUGAUCACGGAAGAAGGAGAACCGUUCACCGCCGAGGAGCUGGAAGAAAUGAUGGCUGUUGCGGUCGAUAUGGCCACGGAUAAAAUACCUUACGAAAAUUAUCUUAACCAGCUUUUGUAUGAACCUCAAGACUCAAUUUACACAUUGGCCGAUCAGUUCAAGAACCAAAUCAAACGCAAAACAAUAUUCAAAUUCUACAGAAGAUGAUAUUUUUUUUCCUAAUUUUCAGGUUGAUUUCUAAAUCCAAUAAAAAUACGCAAAACUAUGUCUUAACUUGACUGUUUUAUUUUUGGAUAAAUAAAACACAUAUUCACAGCA